CUGAAUCACAGUACCUACUGAGUCGAAGUUCUCACGGGUCUCGUUGUAAUGUAUGCAGUUAUCCAUGUCUACACUUCAGCACUUUUUGCUGCAGCCAAAAGUGUUUGCUUUGUAUCGUGCCGCUAUUCGCGCCUCUAGGUUUGUCAAUGGGUCGACAUAUGUACGUGUACGUGUACUUUCUGGUCGCGCAAUGCUCCAACGACCUUGGCAACCGGUAGCCAUACCCGAUCCCGCCGUCCGGCGUGAAACUAUUGCGUGGGUGCGCUCGGAAUUUGAGCGGAACAGGGGUGUACAGAAUACGGAGAGGAUCAAGGAUCUGAUAAGAUCGGGGAGGCGAGAAAUGGCCAUGUAUCUGCCAGGAAUCCGAGUGAAGUGACAUCUUGCUGUUGGUAUGUAGGUCAAGAGCAUGUUGCAUCUGGCCACUGUGGCACGCCAACGAUCCUCCUGGAGACGUUCGUUAGCUUUACUCGCUCUCAACUUCAAUCAAACCAAGUCCUCAGGGAAGAAUAUCCUUGUCUCAUACUGUCGCAAUCUUCCGGGACCUAACGAUGAGCCUUUUCGCCAUAUCAACGUCACUUCUAGAUGAUGUUCCAAGACAACCGUUACAACACCAUUACCUAGCACACAUG